AUUCUUGGCCUCCAUAAGCUCUCUCUUACUUUUCUUCUUUCCAGGCUUUGAUCUACAAGGUCAGUUCAUAUUUAUUGCUUCUCCUUCUAUGUUGAUAUAUAUAGUACAAUAUCUUCUGAUUCCUCCUUAUAUAUAAAUCCAAUCUUUCUUUUUCUACUUAUAUUAUAGCUGUUACUAUUAUUCUCAACCUUCAUUCCGAGAACCCCAUUUGGAAGAAACACAAUUUUAUGAUCUAUAAAUAUCCUACCUUGAGAAGUUGAGGUUCAACUGCAUUGUUCCUGUUCCACCUGCAUAUAUAGUGAUUAGGCACCAAAAACCAAAUCAAACCCAGAUCACAGUUUAUCCUCUUUGUGGGUAUUUAAAUCAUGAAUCCUCAAGGCCGAGUGAAGGAAAAGUUUAGAGAAGCAAGUUCAUCUUUUUUAGGCACCCGGACCUCAUCUAUGGUUCAGCCUCCUCAACCAAUGGAGGGAAUUCAUGAAACGGGGCCUCCUCCUUUUCUUACCAAAACCUAUGACAUCGUUGAGGACUCGACCACAAAUCAUGUUGUUUCGUGGAGUAGAGGGAACAACAGCUUUGUUGUGUGGGAUCCUCAGGCAUUUGCCAUGACUCUUCUUCCCAGAUACUUUAAGCACAACAAUUUCUCUAGCUUUGUCAGGCAGCUCAACACUUAUGGCUUUAGGAAGGUUGAUCCAGAUAGAUGGGAGUUUGCUAAUGAAGGGUUUCUAAGAGGACAAAAGCAUCUUUUAAAGAAUAUUAGGAGAAGGAGGACAAUUCAACUUCAGGGUUCACAGCAGGCUCUGGAUGCUUGUGUUGAAGUUGGAAGUUUUGGAUUAGAUGGAGAAAUCGAUCGGCUGAAGCGUGACAAGCAGGUUCUAAUGGUGGAAUUGGUGAAGCUUAGACAACAACAACAAAAUACUAGAAAUUACAUCCAAUCAAUGGAGGAUAGACUUAGAAAGACAGAAGGGAAACAGCAACAGAUGAUGAAUUUCUUGGCAAGAGCAAUUCAGAAUCCCAACUUUUUACAACAAUUAGAUCAGCAGAAGGAAAGAAGAAAGGAACUCCAAGAUACAAUAACGAAAAAGAGAAGGCAACCUAUUGAUCAAGGGCCUAGUGACCUUGAAAUUGGCGUUUUAGGCCGAGGUGGAGAAGGAAACUUUGUUAAGGUUGAGCCUCAUGAUUUUGGUGAUAUGUCUGAGUUUGAAGUUUCAGAGCUGGAUAGACUUGCUAUGGACAUGCAUGGACUAAGUGGAUGCCAAAAUAACCCAGAGGAAGAACAUAUAGAGAGAGGAGGGGAACAUGAAAGUAGGGAUAGGAUUAAGGACUUUGAUGAAGGGCUUUGGGAAAAUUUGCUAAACGAGGGUAUUGAAGAAGAAAUUAGUAUAAUGAGUGUUGAUCAAGGAAAUGAUGAAGAUUUAGAUGUGUUGGCUGAGCAUAUGGGCUACUAGGCAUCUAGUUCUAAAUAAGAAAAGGUCUUGGUUGCAAAAUCCGUGAAAUAUUCGAUAUGGGUUUCUUGUUAUUGACCAGGAACGCUGAUUCAUUUACAGUUUAUAGUAUGUUCUCCAAGGGAGUAAGCAGAAACAAUGUCAUUCAGCCAUUGCUUAUUUUAUGGAAUUAUCCACAAU